UCUCCCUUUCUUCCGCGUCCCUGCACUUCCCACCCCUGUCUCUGUUUAAACGCCGGUGUGGGGAGCGCUUUGGGAUCAGACUCCUAACCAUGUUUUUCCUGACUCCAGUCUUGGUAGCGGUUCUCUGCAUUUUGGUUGUGUGGAUCUUUAAAAAUACUGAUAGAAACAUCCAGAGGAAGAAGGGGGAGCCUGGAGCCAGGACCGAGUCUCGCCCCUGGGUGGACGAAGACUUAAGAGACGGCACUGACCUCCACCAAGCAGAGGAAGAUGCUGAUGAGUGGCAAGAAUCAGAGGAAAAUGUUGAACACAUUCCAUUCUCCCACACCCGCUAUCCUGAGAAGGAAAUGACUAAGAGAUCCCAGGAAUUUUAUGAACUUCUCAAUAAGAGACGGUCAGUCCGGUUCAUAUGUAAUGAGCAAAUCCCAAUGGAAGUCAUUGAUAAUGUCAUCAAGGCAGCAGGAACAGCCCCAAGUGGGGCCCACACGGAGCCCUGGACCUUCGUGGUUGUUAAGGACCCAGACGUGAAACACGAGAUUCGCAAGAUCGUAGAGGAGGAAGAAGAAAUAAACUACAUGAAGAGAAUGGGGCACCGAUGGGUUACGGACCUGAAGAAACUGAGAACCAACUGGAUUAAAGAGUACUUGGACACCGCUCCUGUUUUGAUUCUCGUUUUCAAACAAGUACAUGGUUUUGCUGCAAAUGGCAAGAAAAAGGUCCAUUACUACAAUGAGAUCAGUGUUUCCAUCGCUUGUGGCAUCCUGUUAGCCGCCCUGCAGAAUGCGGGGCUGGUGACUGUCACUACCACUCCUCUCAACUGUGGCCCUCGUCUGAGAGUGCUCCUGGGCCGCCCUGCACAUGAAAAACUGCUGAUGCUGCUCCCCGUGGGGUACCCCAGCAAAGAGGCCACAGUGCCUGACCUCAAACGGAAACCUCUGGACCAGAUCAUGGUGACAGUGUAGGCAGGAGCCCUUCAGGGAGCUGUGCAAGGACGGUGCCCAGGCUCCUCCCGGCGGCUCUGCCUGCCCCUCUCGGGUCCCUCAGUUGCUCUCCCUGGGCGUGGGGUCUCCUGCACUCCACUCCAUGGGGGGGCCACUCUACCUGUCAAUCGGAUAAGUCCUGUUUCUCUCUUACCCACUUUGGAAAUGCAUUAACACUUUACAGAGAACAUGACCUGGUCUUAAAAACCAUUCUAGAAAAUCACUGCUGACUUUUUCUUUUAUUUUUUCAAAACUCUUAUAGAAGAAGAAGUCAUCAGAAAAUGUAGUAUAGUCCCAAGAAUUCAGCUAUGUGAGGACUCUUGAAUUUAAAUUCAGACUAACCAAAUGGCCUCCUGCCCUCUGAUUUAUGGCAGCUUUUAGAGAAAGGGUGCGCUUUUGAGAUACAAUUUUUAACUGAACUUCAGGGAUAUUCUGCCAGUUUUGAAUAAGUAACCAUCAAAGUAACUAAAAUGUCACCCUCACAGCACAGGACAGGGUGUGCUUGGGUAGCAGGGGUCCGGCUGGUGUCAUCUGAGCACAGGAACGGGCAGCCGCACUGCCCAGUGGUGUGCUGGAGCUGGCUGGUAGCAGUUCGUGGAAGCUGUUAAAUAUCUGAGAAUUUUGCCAGCCAGUUAGUUUAAGUGUUAAACAUUUGUAGCCUGAAAUCGCCUGUGGUGCGUGAGCUUACGCCACAGCAAUCGGAAAACACUACAACUAGCGUUUGCUUCCUUUUUCUUAAAGACUGCUGUUUACCCAAUGGCUGACUGUGUCUCCCUUCUUUUCUACCCUACCCACGAAACACACUUUUGGCUUUUCUCCACAUGAUGGUACAGCUGUUUGGGACUGAUGGGUCACAGGUGCCAUCGUACCUCUGCCUCCUGGGGGCGUCGUACCCAUGGGCACACUGACAGCUCGGGUAAUUUCCGUAAAGCAGCUCUUCUCACCCCUUCAUCCCCUUCCACUGUCUCUUUCUCCUUCUAUUUUUUAUUUCCUCAUUUCCCUUGAGAAAAAUUUCUCUUGCCUUUUUUCAUUCCAUCUGUGAGUCACACAAUGCAAGAAAAGCCUUUGGUGUCAUUGAUAAGAGCAAGAGCUGGUGACAGCCCUGUUUCAGAGAAAGAGAAGGCCUUUCUUUGCCUUAAAGUUGAUUAGACGUUACAAGAACUGAUGUCUUCGGCCUCUGAAGUCCACUGAAAUACCCAGAAGUCUCUUUUGGAAUCUCCAAAAUCUUCCAUCUCUGUCUUUAGUUUUC